AGGUCGUCAACUGCGGGGUUCCCCAUGAUCAGACAAGGUUGCGGACCAAGGGUGGUCUGGGGCGUGAUCGAGAGAAACUCUCCCUGCCGUCAAUUCUCAACCUCCUAAGGACUGUUCUCUUUUACAUGCAACUUAGGAGAUCGACAAACCCCGAACAACGUGAUGGACUCCACGGACAUGGAUAUUGACAACCCUCGCCCUGGUGAAGACGCCACCGAGGGCGGGACCGGGUCAUACAACUUGACCUUCAAAAUAACUACCACCCUUCAGGAUGAACUCGACGCAUUCGUUCGAUACAGCCGACUAGGACUUUUUCGGAGAGCCCAGGAAGUUUACGCCGAUGUCUUGGAGGGCACGUACGACACUCUGUUCCCUGUCACGGCUGAACUAGCCGACUCGCUUCUCGAGCAAGGCAGCUUUCACCGUUUAUCCAGGUUGAUGGAUUCCAGGCUCCGUCGGGUGGAAGAGCUUGGAUUCGAAAAGGGUCAAGUCGGGUUGCUUCAACUUUUGAAAGCGCUCACGGACCUUCACCACCAUGGAAACCUACGCAGUGCACUGAGUGUGGCCCGGUCCUGGCGAGAGCACGCCGCGACCUUCAUGAUCCCGGUGACUCUCUCUACCGUCGAUAAACUCUCCCUCGCAGCGUAUCUUCGCAUCGUCGCCUUUGCAUAUACAGCUUCGAAUUGGCUUCGGCCGCACGACAUGCAGCCCCCCUGGCAAAAUUAUAGCGCCGAGCCGUGGUUGGGUUUCUACCAUUUGUUUAGGAGACUGAGUGGAGAGCCCGCGGAUGCCUGGAGCGCAAGGAGUCUUUUUCGGCCGCUGAUAGCCUCGCUCUCUCUGCGGGAGGCGGCUGAGCUGUACGAGAUGUGGCUCACUGCUAAGAGGGCGCAAUCACCCCAUGAGACCGACGAGGAAGAACUCCUAGCAGACCUAUCCAUCACAACUAGUUACGGUCGCAAGCUCAUUGCCAGCGGAAACACAGGCGACCGGACGAUUCCCCGUCGUAUCAAUGAGCUCCUUGGCAGAUCUCAGGGACUGCUGGGCGAAUUGACCACACUCAUCCAGGAGGUUGACGACCUCACGAAUAUCCGGAUCCGACCGGCUCUUGAAUUGGACUUGGCCAGGCUUGAGCAAGUAGCCGCCACAGUUGGGAACCCACAAACCUACGACUUUUUCCUCAACAGCGGCAAGCAAACAUGGCUGUUGGCCCGCAAGAACCACGACCUUGUCACCCAAAUGGAUUGGUUCCGGAUACAACACAUUCCCGCGGCCUUUGGUGUCCAUACAUUAGAGGGCGAUAUUUUCGGUGACUUGCGAGACUGGAAUGAGGACAUGCUGGGGUACGUAACAGCCAUGGCUGACCGAAUCUUAUCCGUCCCCGAAGUGGCCACAAUUUUGGCCUCGUCACCAAAGCUGGGAGAAGAAAGGACGGAGUCAGACACCGCGGCCAUGCAAGCGUUCAGGAACCCGUUAUUGAAUGUACUGGACAAACCGUGGGGCGUUGAGGAUUUCGAAACAUGGCUAGAUUCGAGUGCAAUGACGAUACCAAUGGUUACGUUCAGGGGGUCCGUGGCUCGCCUCCUACUCGCCCAGCCAACAGAGGUCAAAGGGAAGGUUGCAGGUGCGAAGAGAAAGAUCCUUGAGGUCUGGCAAGACAUGCAAUGGCCUUUGCAUUGUAUGGUGGGCACUGGGUACAUAGGAGGAGUGCAGCUUCUCCUUCAACAUGGUGCACGACUAGACAUGAGGGACUCUGAGCAGCAGACUCCGCUCUACCUUGCGGUAAAGGUCCGGAAUAUCGCUAUGGUUGAUUUCCUACUCCGGCAUCAUGCACCCACCGACUCGGUGGACGUGGAUGGCCAUUGGUCCCUGAGUUGGGCUGCUAUACAGGGGCACGAGCCGAUUGCGCGGCUGCUCAUCGACCGUGGCGCCAACAACAACGCAGGGGGUACAUAUAUCCAGACACUGUUAUCGUUAGCUAUCGAGAAUGGGCACGAGACGAUUGUGAGGCUGCUCCUCGACCGUGGCGCCGACAUCAACAUAGAGGAUUCUCGCGGCCAGACACCGCUAUCGUUAGCUAUCGAGAAUGGGCACGAGGCGAUUGUGAGGCUGCUCUUCGACCGUAGCGCCGGCAUCAAUGCUCAGAGUCGUUCGAGCGGCCAGACAUCGCUGGCAUUAGCUACCGGGAAUGGGCGCGAGGGGACUGCGAGACUGCCCCUCGGCCGUGACGCCCAUAUCAAUGCAGACGACACACACACUCCAGCUGUUCAGAAAGGCUCGCCCGCCACGCCAUCAGCCAAGCCAGCGAUGGCGGCGCAAGGAAAGGAGAAGAUGUAUGGUCCCCGGUUUGGAUUGCCCCUCGGCCCCUUUCAAGGCGCGUCGCUCGUGUACAUUUCUAAUGUCCUAAAAGUGAGCAAGACGAGGGGGACUUUGUGUUCAACCAGAAAGACUAUCAGACGCCCAAGGUUGCGAAAUCGAAGAAGGCUGCACCGAAGUUCAUGGUGCAUGAUACAGUCAUGGUCACGCUACCCGGAACAGAAGACCCGGAGGGGCCAUAUAAGGUCAGUGACGUUGUGCUUGGCGGGUUCAAGCUCUGUACCCUGGAAGGGGAUGUGCCAGUCAUGGAGGGCGAGGUAAUCGAAGGAAAGUACUUGAAAUGGUGUCAGCCUUAUGGUUAGCGUACCUCUAGUUUUGUGAGAUCGCUUCCAGAUUAUUGAAGGAAUUGAAAACGUAAUCGGGAUGAUGU